AUGGCACCUGAUGCUGUUGAGACUCAUGAGGAAGCCAAGCCCUCUGCAGGAGGCCGGGCUGCUCCCUCUACUCCCAUCGAGGGUUUUGAACAGAAGAGUCCUAGUAAAGGGCCUACUCUGAAGAGGCCAGCUGCAGCUUCACCUGGCAAAACCCCGAUGAAGGCAGCCUUGGCCAAGAACAAGGCAAAGGCAAAGGCAAAGGCUAAGGCAACUGCCAAGGCCAAGGCUUCCAGUGCUAAGUGUAAGGCCAAGGCCAAGCCUAAGGCCAAGAGCUCAGCAGCAAUGAAGCGCCCUGCUGCCAAGGAGGAGGAGAGUCAGCAAGGGAAGAAGGGUUCUUGGGCUGCUCCCUUGGUCCAGGUGGAACCGGAGAAGGAAGAGCAAGAAGGAGAAGAGGAGGAACAUGUCACUCAGGAUGAGGCAGUGGAGCCUUCCAGUGCUUUUGCACUUCCUGACAAGGGAGACUUGGAUGAUGAUGAGAACACGAAGAACAGGUCGAAAAAUGCAAAGUUUUUGAAAAUGUUGAAGGACUCAAGUUUGCCAGACUGGUUGGUCCAGGAAUGGGAGAAAGCCAGCAAGCUGACCUCAGGAAAGAGAGAGAAACAGCGAGAGAUAGUGAAUAACUGUCUCGAUCAUCAAGGUGGUCGCCUUGUCCUCAAUGUCGACAAGCCCAUGUUCCAGCAGAUGUCUGCCUCCUACAAGCAGACUUUGACACGAGAUAAAGAGAAGUCCCUCCCUCGCCGACUUUUGCAGGGGAAGUUCAACUUGACAGAUGAAGCCUUUGAAGAAGCACUGCAGGAAGGUGAUGUGGUGGAGGUGAAGAUGAAAGGUGGAAAGACAGGGUACAUGUUCCAGAGCAUGGAGCAUGAAACUGAGCGAGGCAAGCGCGCAGAGUCAUCUGUGGUGGAGCAGGUUGAAGGCAACAAGAAGAAGAAGCUCUUCUUUGAGGAGGGUGUCAAGAACUGGGCCAUUGGACUGUUUGAGAAGUCCAAGGACAAGGCCAUUGGAGAGAAGAGGCCAGGCCUGCUGGCCUUGAAAGAUCGUCAGGCCCCUUUGAGUGAGGCUCAGUGGCAGCAGGCCCCGUCCCAACUAAAGCCAGCCCAAGAUGCAUUUGAGAAAUGCAACAGUGCUGGCUUGAAGUUCUUGCAGACCAUUGGCCCCGACAACAAGCUGGAUCCCUUGUACCCGACCUUGAAGCAGCUGGUAAAUGAUGCCCAAGCCAUGAAGGGAAAGCUUGCACAUGUCUGGCAUUGGAAGGAACUUCCCACUGGCCAGGAUAUCACAGUCGAGGAGUACGACAAUUUGAUGGCAGAGGCUGGUACUUUGGCUGGUCGAUUGGAUGAAAGCCUUGCAGGCAUCAGAGGGCAGCUCAAUGCCAGAAAUCAAAGGGCCAAGGCUGCCAAGUGA